AUGAAGAUAAAAAGUAUGAACAACACCCAGGUCACAGUCUUUGUCCUCCUUCAGCUCUGGGUUUCCCCUAUUGGUCAUAUUGUUUUCAUAAUGUCUUUCACUGUAAUUUACAUCUUAGCACUGGUUGGCAACUUCAUCAUUAUCAUCAUCUGCAGGUUUGAUAGGACCCUCCACACACCAAUGUACUUCUUCCUGUGCCAUCUUGCUGCUCUGGAAAUGUGCUAUAUUUCUGUUACCUUGCCUAAAAUGCUGCACAGUUCAGUUACUGGCAACAAUACUAUUUCUUUUGUUGCUUGCCUUACACAGUUGUACUUUUUUGGGUCCCUGGGGUCAACAGAAUGUUUUCUACUUUCUGUGAUGGCCUAUGAUAGGUUCUUAGCAGUGUGUAAGCCAUUACAUUAUCACACUGUCAUGACUGUAAAGCUUUGUAAUGUUUUGGUUACUUGCUGUUGGUCCUCUGGUUUUAUGUCCACCAUGUCAUCGAUUCUCUUCAUCUCCACCUUACAGUUUUGUGGCCCUGACAACAUCCAGCAUUUUUUCUGUGACAUCACUCCUCUCCUUAGAUUAUCAUGCACUAAUGUCCACCAGACGGAAACACUAAUCUUUCUCCUAGCCUCAGUGAUAUUGGUGGGUUCAUGUUUGGUUACUCUCUUGUCAUACUUUAGAAUCCUUACUACUGUAUUGACAAUAUCCUCAGUAAAUGGGAAGAGAAAAGCCAGCUCUACAUUCGCUUCUCAUCUCACAGUGGUCACACUUUACUAUAGUACAAUGAUCUUUGUCUAUGUUCGUCCUACUACUAGUGGGGCAUCUAGUUUUAAUAAGAUCCUAUCUGUGCUGUAUACAAUAUUAACUCCAUUGCUUAAUCCUUUUAUAUAUACUUUAAGGAACAAAGAAGCUCAGUUAGCACUUAAAAAAACAAAGGAUAAAAUGAUAUUAUGUAUACAGAAGGUUUUUAUCAUUGUAGUCUAA